AGGAAAAUGGAAGAUUAAACUACUUACCAAACUUAAUUAAAUUGUAUGUUAGACUUGAAAAAUGUAUUUCUGAUGAAACCUCGUAAUAAGGAAUCUGCUGACACGAAGAUUGCAAUUGAUUAUUCUCCUGUUUAUAGUGAGUAAGUUUAAUUGUUAAAUUCAGAGUAUUAGGGUGUAUGCUAAAUACAGUGCCAAUAUUUAAUAAUGAUGGAGAGCCAUCGUAAAAUGGCUUUAUCCUCUAGUUAGAUUAAGUAUUUUAUUUAAAUAAAUUUAAGCCUCUACAUUUAGCCAAUAGUAUUAACUAUAGAUCACAGUUUGAGAAGAAAGUCCAGGAAGUUAAGGAAAAGAACAAAAAUUUAGUAAAAAUUUAAAUAAAAUUGAAAGUUUUUUCCAAAACCAAAAGGAACUAAAAUCUAUUGCAAUGUCUGCAAGUUAUAUAUCGAGGAUUAUCUUUAAGUAAAUUAAAAAUUAUUAUGUAGCACACUCAAUCUAAAAACCACAAUUAAAAGUUUAGGAAGAACAAAGUCAUCAAACUCAUCCAUUCUAUGGCUGAUGAAUUUUAGAAGAAUCGAAGUAUGCCUCGAAAUACAUCGACUCUUCAUUCCAAUUCUGAUAGAUGUGGUUACUUCUCUUCCAUCUAGGAGGAUAGCGUUGAACAUUAUGACAGCACUUAAUAAGAACCACAUACUAUUAAGAAGACUAAGUUGAAUGAUGACAUCAACGCUUUCAACAAGAUGGGAAACUCGUAAAAAAUAUUUUUUAUUUUAGUCUUGUACACAGCUCUAAUUAAUCAUUCAACGAUAAGUACGAAAAGUAGUGUCUUUGAAAGGAGAAAUAUGAGCAGCAC